CCAAUCUGGAGCGUUGAAACCAACGGCCAUGAUUAACUCAAAAGCUUGAAGAGCUAAGGGAACGUUAAAAGGGCAUCUUCCAAGCGAGCGAGAAUAAAGAGAUAAACCUACUACUACUUCCCUUCCAAUUUUCUUAUCCGGAAAAAACCCUUCCGGUGAAGAACCUCCUCCCCUGCUUCGCUUCUUCACUCCUCUUGACAAAAUGGCGUCAACUUUCACAGCAACGUCUUCCAUUGGUUCAAUGGUUGCUCCAAAUGGUCACAAAUCUGAUAAGAAACUUAUGAACAAGUUGUCUUCAAGCUCAUUCGGAAGGAGGCAGAACGUGUGCCCCAGGCUCAGAAGAUCCAGUCCUGCAAUUGUAUGCGCAGCCAAGGAGUUGCAUUUCAACAAAGACGGGACUACCAUUAGGAGACUUCAAGCUGGUGUCAACAAGCUUGCAGACCUAGUUGGUGUUACACUUGGACCUAAAGGGCGAAAUGUUGUUCUUGAGAGCAAGUAUGGAUCUCCAAGAAUUGUUAAUGAUGGUGUCACUGUUGCUAGGGAGGUUGAACUGGAAGACCCUGUUGAGAACAUUGGUGCAAAGCUUGUCAGGCAAGCAGCUGCCAAGACCAAUGACUUGGCCGGUGAUGGUACCACCACAUCUGUGGUUCUUGCACAAGGUUUUAUUGCUGAGGGUGUCAAGGUGGUUGCUGCUGGUGCAAACCCUGUAUUGAUCACUAGAGGCAUUGAGAAGACAGCCAAGGCUUUGGUUGCCGAGCUCAAGAAAAUGUCUAAGGAGGUUGAAGACAGUGAACUUGCAGAUGUGGCAGCUGUUAGUGCGGGUAACAACGAAGAGAUUGGAAGUAUGAUUGCCGAAGCAAUGAGCAGAGUUGGCAGGAAAGGUGUGGUGACACUUGAAGAGGGAAAAAGUGCAGAGAACGCACUCUACGUUGUGGAAGGAAUGCAAUUUGACCGUGGUUACAUCUCACCUUACUUUGUGACAGACAGUGAAAAAAUGUCAGUUGAGUUCGACAACUGCAAGUUACUUCUUGUUGACAAGAAAAUCACCAAUGCAAGGGAUCUCGUUGGUGUUCUGGAGGAUGCCAUUAGAGGCGGAUACCCAAUUCUAAUUAUUGCAGAAGACAUUGAGCAGGAGGCAUUAGCGACCCUUGUAGUUAACAAGCUUAGAGGUACACUGAAGAUUGCAGCUCUCAGAGCUCCAGGAUUUGGAGAGCGCAAGAGUCAAUACCUUGACGAUAUUGCCAUUCUCACUGGAGCAACUGUGAUUCGUGAGGAAGUUGGUCUUUCACUAGACAAAGCUGGAAAAGAGGUUCUUGGACAUGCCGCAAAGGUCGUCCUCACAAAGGAGACGUCGACCAUUGUGGGUGAUGGGAGCACACAGGAGGCAGUGCAAAAGCGUGUUACACAGAUUAAGAAUCUUAUUGAGCAAGCAGAGCAAGAUUAUGAGAAGGAAAAACUGAAUGAGAGAAUUGCAAAGCUCUCUGGUGGAGUUGCUGUGAUUCAGGUGGGAGCACAAACUGAGACAGAACUCAAAGAGAAGAAACUGAGAGUUGAAGAUGCUCUUAAUGCUACAAAGGCUGCUGUUGAGGAAGGUAUUGUCGUUGGUGGUGGUUGUACUCUGCUUCGCCUUGCUUCCAAGGUUGAUGCCAUUAAAGCCACCCUUGAAAAUGAUGAAGAAAAGGUUGGAGCGGAUAUCGUGAAAAGAGCACUGAGUUACCCUCUGAAACUGAUUGCCAAGAAUGCUGGAGUCAACGGAAGCGUAGUUAGCGAGAAGGUGCUUUCUAACGAGAACGUGAAAUACGGUUACAAUGCUGCAACCGGCAAGUACGAGGAUUUAAUGGCUGCAGGAAUCAUUGAUCCAACAAAGGUUGUGAGAUGUUGCUUGGAACACGCAGCUUCGGUUGCAAAGACAUUCUUGAUGUCAGACUGUGUUGUUGUUGAGAUCAAGGAACCUGAGCCAGUUCCCGCAGGCAACCCAAUGGACAACUCAGGAUAUGGAUACUGAGUGGAUCAAGUAACUCUGCCGCAUAUUGAUUCCUUUUAGCUUGCAAUAGAUGAGCGCUAAGUGUAAUGGUUUUGAACCAAGAGAAUGUGAUUUGUUUACUGAAAUUUUGAAUCUAUCUUAUUAAUAAAAUCAUGAUUCCUUAAA